AGUGUCUUUCAGCAAGAGCUGGCACUGGAAUCCAGCCGCAAAUCACCUCCACUUCAGUGGUUUAUUCUUUGUCACGUGUAGCUUUGUAGCACAAUGGAUCUCAAUGAAGACAGAACAGACUUGGUGUAUCCUUCCGUUGAGUUUCAGAUCACGAGUAAUGAACAUCCCACAGACGUAACCCGUGAAGGAGGCAUAACUGUAUCAAUCGACCCGCCGAUGUCAUUUCGAGAUCGGCACCGCUUGCUGAACGAAGCCUACGACCGUCACUCAGAUCCCGAGCAGAUCUCUGCAAAAGAGCUCGGCUACGUAUCACGGCAGGUUGGGCUCUGUAUGGAAGAAGUCCAUGCUUGGUUUGAAGACGAGUCACAGAGACGCUACAAGCUUCUGGCCAAGUUCCAACGUCAGAAUAUCAUUGAGCCACGGCCAUGCUCACCUGAAAGCAUGAGCAGCUAUGCACCAAGCCAGAGGAUCAUUUCUACCACGAAUGGAAGCACGGAAUCUACUCAAUUAGACGUGGCAUACUACUCACAAGCUCAGAGCAUUUUCUCUGGUCCUUCUUCACCAGGGACCGUGACAGGAGACUACCUGCAAGUUCCAUCGCGAGUACGUCGCGGACGUCCACCAAGAACGGAUUCAUCGUCCCCUCCUCAGCCCAAACGGCAGAAAACAUCUUGUCAGUAUCCAUGUUUCGACUGUGGUAAAGCAUUCCCAGCCGAUCGUUGGUCAGAACAUGUGAAGCGAGUUCAUUUCCCUGACUAUAUCUGGGAAUGCCCCAAAACGAACGAGAGGACUGGAAAACCAUGUUCAGCAAAUCCAUUCUUCAGAAUUGACAACUUUACAACCCAUCUUCGAGGUGAGCAUCGAUGUGAGGAACCAGAGAUCUCUCGGCUCAAGACAUCAUGCAAAUUUGAAGUGUUUGGCUUCUUCCAUAAAAUCUGUGGCAUAUGCAGUGUUGACCUGAAAAAUCGAGAUGAGAGUAUCGAGCAUACCAAAGAACACUUGAGAGAAAUCUCUCGGAGAAGAGACCCUCCCCUGGACUUGGGCCUCUCGGAAUGGACCGAGAGCUGCGGUGUGGAACACAAACUCAAGCGCGGUGUUCAUUACCAGCUUGAGGAAGACAUUCAACAACAGGAAGUCGAUGUUCAGGGAAAGGAUGGUGAUGGGGAUGCGGACGGUAGUAACAACGAGGAUCAGAGUCGACCAGGAUCAGAUCAAUCUGGAUACAGUUCCUUCCAUGGCGGAGAUGACUAUUCUUUCGGAGGGUUCAGUUACAGUCAAGACUUUGAUUACGCUGCCCCAUACCGAGGUCCUGGUGGCCUACAAGAUUUCGGUGUACGAUGUUCAGGUGUUAGGAGUCCUGAACUAUCACUUAGCAACAACGGACCCCUAUCUCCAACCUUUACGCCUUACCAAUAUUCGCCAUUCUUAUCCUUACCAAAGGCCCCCUAUCUAACACCUAGUGCGUCCCAUGAUACCAGAUAUGAUUACGAUGAGGUGUUGGAGCACGGGCGCUGCCCUAUUCUUGAGUGUGGGAGAGUCUUCAAGGAUCUUAAAGCCCAUAUGUUGACACAUCAAAAUGAGCGUCCCGAGAAAUGUCCAAUCCAGACUUGCGACUACCACGUCAAAGGGUUCGCACGGAAAUACGACAAGAAUCGGCACACCCUAACCCAUUACAAAGGGACAAUGGUCUGUGGGUUCUGUUCAGGCUCUGGGUCUGCAGCCGAAAAAUCCUUUAACCGUGCUGAUGUGUUCAAACGCCAUUUGACAUCAGUUCAUGGUGUUGAGCAAACUCCACCAAAUAGCCGCAAGAAGUCUACGACUGCUGUAAAAGGCGGUUCCCGGAAAACAUUAUCUGGCUAUGCCUCAGAUGCCACGGGGAAGUGCUCGACUUGUUGUGCAAUUUUCAGCAAUGCCCAAGAUUUCUACGAACAUCUCGAUGACUGUGUGCUGCGGAUUGUUCAACAAGAACUUCCGGCCAAAGCUGUCAACGCUGCGAGGCUUGCUGAAUUCGAACAGGAUGCGGCUGUUGGAGAGACACUUCGUACUAAUUCACUGCCCACAACAGAUGUCACUCGCUGUGCUAAGAACGACGAGCACGAAGUGGAUGCCGAGGAUGAAGACAUUGAAGACGAGAUUGACGAUGAGCACGACGAUGACUAUGCUCCGUCCUCCAGAGCCCGUGCAAGCCGCAAACGUUCUGCCAACCCUGUCAGCGGCGUGCAGAAAUCUCGAGGUCUCACUCAUUCCAAAGGAGGCGUGACUCUAAGUAAAGGACGAAGAAAGCGCAAAGACUACCCAUCAUCAUGGGGAUGUCCGACCUCCAAGUUGACGAUGAAGAAACGUGUACUGGCUGUUUUUGAUGGACACCGCCGGCUGUGGAAAGAUGACAUGAUGCUGGACAACGACUAUGAGGUUAGGAUGAAGCUCGCCCCUGAGAAGGCAUAUGUCACCGAUUUGGAUGUGCAGACUCUGCGUCGUGCGGAUAACUUCCAUGCGUCCUCUUCUGUGGAUAAGGGUCCUUGAAUUACGGAUGAGAUGACAGGGACGGAUUUGGAGAAGCUAAUAGAAGUUGGAGCGGAGUUAGAUUAGAUGACGAACCUCUUGAAUUUAGAAUAAUUGGUAUGGAAUCAAUGGUCAACUUGAUCCAAUCUCUUUGUGACAUGAAGUCUUGCCAUCAGUCAUAUUGACCUCUUGAGCCAUGAAGUGAAGACUUGCGAAGUCACAUCUCGGCAGCCACAGUGGUUAUAUGUCGAAAUAGGGGAGUAAUAACAGGGUAAGUGCUAGCCAGCAAUCCAGAAAUCAAUGUGGGUUGAGAUAAUCAGUACGAAAUUUAACAAGAAGGUAAUAUCUCUCAAGUGAACACUGGUAGCGUCUGGCACAGAUUAAACAAAGCCCAGGAGAUCAUUCUUGCACAGCGUAGAACUUUCUGGGACCAAUGCUUUGUUGAAUAUCAUCAACAUCCAUGAAAGCCCGGGUGCAGACAUUUGUCGGACGAGUGUCGAGCCGUGUAAUACCAUAUAAGAAUUAACGAUCCCAGCUUGGCCCGUAGAACGGAGUAUACUUGCUCCCGCCGUCCAAGGUAUGAAUAGCUACUCGGGCCUCUAUACCUGGACAAAAACGUAUUUUCUCUGAGGCUUAAACAUUCUCCAGGCUUCACCAUUCAUCUGGCACAGAUCCCUGCUCAUAGAAUCUAAGCAAGCUAGCAGGAUCCAAGUCCGUACAGCAGAAUCGCCACUCGACAAUCUACGAGUCGUGUUUGCCCCAUCAACAGGUCAUGCAACACACAAUCGAGUAUAAUCCCGUUUGAGACCAUUCUCACAUAACAGUUAUACCGGGUUUUCGAAAGUUAUCUUCAUUCAUUCACCAAUAACCAUCGUACACCCCUCCGGCCCCACCCAAACCUCGUGUUCGCGUCCAGCCUCAACAUCAAGCCGUUCCCCCGCACCAAACGUCUUCUUCUCCGGCUGUGCGUCUUCAGGGAACCUGAUGGUGAUUUCGCCUUUGAGGAUCAGAUGCGUUGUCAGACCUUCGUGGGAGUGGGGAGUGUAGUGGUAGUUCCUUUUCAAUUAAUCGUCAGCAUGGAUAUCGCCACAAUUACAGGAGUCAUGUGGAGGGGAGAACGGCUUACGGAGUAUCGGUCCAUGUGAUGACACGGGAGAAUCCCCACGAGCGGACUUCUUGUUCGGAUUCGCGCUGGGAUUUUGCUGCCAUUCUUGCCACUGGGUUGUGCGUGGAUUAUGAAUUGGAGAAGGAGGAAGAGAAGAAGUCAAUAGUGGUGUGGUGAUGUCAGUAUUAACUGCUUACAUAACGUGGCUUCUCAUUGCCGUACUAAGUGCUUCUCGUCGACAACAUCAUCUGGAAAUAAUAGAACUUACUUGAGGACUGACUUGAAGCGACGAUUUUCGUCUUGCUUCUAUGCCCCUGGGAGAGAAAGAAUGUUCAAAUAGAGAAAUGGAUCUCAUUUCGUGCGUUCUCGGCUAGUUGUUGUUCAUCUCACCAAUGUCACAACAAGCCAUCGACAGACAAGAAGACAAAGAUCGGAGAAAUUUGUGAGCAGGCAAGAGAAAGACCACGUCUUUGAGAAAAGAUGCACGGGACAGACGAACACCCGCUUCGUGGUACAACACCAGAGCCGCUCACGCAAUCCCGCAUACCAUGUUCCGAGAACUCCACCCUCUUCCCUACCAACCACCUCAUACAAUAAAGUGCCUCAUUCGAAAAUCGCACACCGCCAUCAUCCCCAAAAGCCGGGUAGCCUAUGAAAUCUCGGCCAGGUGAAGCAGCUCAUGUCCGCUCCCUCACGUCGCUGUCCACAAUCCACAGACCCAUCACGCAACGGCCCGCGACGUCUCGCCGCAACCUCAACCGUCGCCCUCGCUGCGAGAUCCCGUCUGUUCAGUCGAUUCUUCCGAUCAUGAUCGCUGGACACGUAUCUCUUGAAACUCUGGCCCACGCUCAAUCUCGAUUGCGAGCUCAAGAAUCUCUUCCACAUGCACACAUGUGCAGUAUGCCAGUCCGGGUGCAUAUCAUUGCCCCAUAGUCCGCAUGGUAAAAGUUAUUAUCGUACGAUUUUUUUUGCGGGGGUGCCUGCCUGCGAUGAUCAAAUGCUGGGCAGUGUGUGUACCGUGUACCUACCUCACUGAUGUAGAGGGGCACGCGAGAACGAGAAUGAAUAUUCUCUACAACGAUUGAGGUCCGUGGGGAUGUCGACGCCUGAAUUCUCGCAACGGAUAUUCCGGUCCGUGCAGCUCGAGCAACUGGCUUGUGAAUGGCACAUCCGAGUGGGAUAUCAGCGUCGUCGCCGCUUUAUUAUGGUUGUACUGUAUUGUGGUGGUAGCAUUGCAGAGGAUGAUUGCAAGAAAGUUUAAAUUACGACCCCAGGGACAGAUAUUGCCUUUACGGAAGGCCUCCCGAUUCUUGGAAACCGCAGUUGGCGACAAUGAAAAUGCUUACACUGUCAGCCGGAUGAAAUGCUCCUGAGGUCUGUUGACACCGACCUCGCGACUUGCUCAGAACAGGCAAAGCAGGGGAGAUAGCUCCUUGCUGGGGGAACUCCGAUUCAGUGGAGUCUUUCCCCGGAUGAUUUAGAGUUUGGCUUACAAUAUGUUCCGACAUGCUGACUCAAACUCUAAACUGGCAAGGUCAAAUCGUGAUAAGUAGAACCCAGCCACUGGGACGAAAUUUUAUCUCAGCUCUCAGACUUGCUUGAGAGGCUACCUAAGUGGGGAAAUGGCGUAGAUUAGUGGUCUUGGUAAGUCUUGGAAGGUUCAGUGAUUAUUAAGCAAGGAGGCCUCUCUGCGUAGCGUCUGAGGUUAUACGGGGGUAUUUUAGUGUAAUUAUCGAAUAGCUUCGGCGAUAAUUGCUUUUCAAAUAAUAACUAUUACCUGCAUAAUAGAGGUAUCGAAUAAGUCUUAAAUAAAGGGGG